AUGCCCUGGCAAGUGCUCUCUCAAACCGUGCUAACUUUCUUGAAGAGUAUCGACAAGAACAGCUCCGGCACAAUUGAUGCACGGGAGCUCCUCGAGGCUCUGGGCGAUUCUGACAUCAAGGAGGAACAAGUUCAACAUUUCAUCGAGCAAUACGAUAAGAAUAAGGAUGGAAUGUUAGAUCUUAACGAACUCAUGGAUUUCUUUGAGAGUAUUGGUUUGUAA